AUGGAUAUAACACCAGUCUUUAACGAAAUCCUCCGCAAGCAUGGCGCCACGCCAGUCCAGCGGCACCCCUUCCGCCCCGAAGACCUCGACAGCUUCCUACAAGAAGCAUACCGAAUAAACACCCACAUAACCGAACUAACGAACCACCUCCGCGCAAUCCGCCAGCCCUACCUCUCCGUCGCGCACCCACCCCGGCGAAAGCAUAACACCGACUCCACCCUCCCCCACCUCAACAACCACCACGACCGCAAAUACCUCAGCGACAAGGACAAGACCGCAAUCGAUGCCAACGCAAAGCAGCUCCUCCGCGAACUCCACGCCACGUUGCGCAACCUCUCCGAAGCCGCCAACCUCCGCGAGUCGACCGCCUCGCAGAUCUCCUCGGCGAAGCGCGCCCGCGGCGGUCUCGGGGCGCUGGGACGAUGGGCGGCUGGCGGGGGCCUGACGCGGAAGUCGCCGGAGGAGGAGAGGGAAGAGGAGGAAAGGCGUACGGUCAAGCUGCACAGGGAGAGCGUAAUUUAUUACUUGCAAAGGAAGCUGGAGAUGGCGGGGGAGGUGCAGAGGGAGAUGAUGGAUGUGAGGCUUAGUAGGGAGGUGGAGAAGAGCAAGAGUGUGCUUGCUAGAGCGAGGGGGUUUGUUGUGCCGGAGGAUGUGGCGCCUGAUGGGAGUUUGGGCGGGGGGUAUGGGGGGCAGAGUCGGCAGGGGUUUAGGGGUGCGAGUUCAAGACGCGGCGCUGGGGACGUGGAGAGGAAGGACGUGAACCAGACGCUGGAUCCGGAACAGUUGCAGCUUUUCGCGGAGGAAAAUCAGACGAUGCUGAAGCAUUAUGAGGAUACCCUGGACCAAGUCAGGUCCGCCGAAAGGUCUCUAUACGAGAUUUCGGAGCUUCAGAACACGCUGGCAGUGAACCUCGACACGCAGGCUGCGCAGAUCGACCAGCUCGUACAGGACUCCUUCUCCACUGCUGAAAAUGUGGGGAGUGGCAACAAGGAGCUGAAGCGAGCUUCGGAGAGGAAAAGUACGGCGAGGAUGGUCUUCUACGGGACCUGUGCAUUCUGCUUCACGCUUGUGGUUUGGGAUCUGUUGAUAUAA